GAGGCCUCUCCAGGGAAGAGGACAGCUCGGAAAGCAUGAAAAGGAGUACACCUUGGUCAUCGAGGCAGAAGUACAUGCUUCCUCAUGCUCGGCAGCUGGUGGCAAUCUGGGGAUUCUACUUGAUUUUGCUGUUAGCUGAACUCAGCGCUGCAAAAUCAGUAUUGGAUUUGCCCCCAAAAAAUAUGUGUGAAACAGAAGCCUGCAAAGAAAGAGCUAAAAUAAUGUUGGACAGCAUGAACCAGACCGUGGAUCCUUGUACUAACUUCUAUGAAUACGCCUGUGGAAACUGGAAAAAAACACACAAAAUACCUGACCACUGGACCAAAUUCGGAUAUCGGCAUAUUCUUCAUACUAAACUUCAGAUGGGCCUAAAAAAUAUUUUAUUGAACGCUACACUUAAGGAAGAAGAGCCGCAGAACGCUACUAAUAAGGCUAUCCUGGCCUACAGAGUCUGCCUUUGUGAGACUCUCAACGAAACAGCAAAAUUUAAUGACCUGCUGCAGCUACUUAAGGAAGAUGGCUUUACCAAGUGGCCACUACUGAAUAAAGGAGAAUCACCUUAUGAAAACUACACUCAACUACUCAACCAAUCAACGUUUCUUCCAUUUGUUAGUUUCUAUGUAUCCCAGGACUAUAAGAAUCCUCAUUCAAACGCGAUUUACCUUGACCAAAUUACGUUUGACUGGGUUGGUCGAAACGAACUGAUUAACCACAUGGCAGAAGAAAAUAAAAAAAUAAUCGUUGCCUUCAAGAAGGUUAUUGCGUCAACUGCGAAAGUCUUCAGACCCAACUUAACUGAAGAGGAGGCAGAGCAAUUUUCUGAGGAUAUGUUACAGUUUGAGGUCAAACUGGCAAAGCACACUAAGGCUGGUGAAGACAGGCGUAACUUAUCCUCAAUGUACAACGAAAUGAAUAUCUCCACCUUGUCUGAAAAGUAUCCCAAGAUUGAAUGGCUGAAACUAUUAAAUCAUGAGUUUGCAGUGGCCAAUAUGACACUCAAUGAGAGCGAACGUGUGAUUGUAUUGGAGCCUGAUUAUGUUAAAGAUAUUCAGAAAAUUCUGGAAGAAGAAAAUAUAUCUACGCUGUACAAUUUUGUGCACUGGAUUACAAUUCGGACUUAUGGUGCUGAUGGGUCCAAAGAGCUUGACAAGCUCUUCCUUAACUUUGAUAAAGAGGCAACAGGCGUAAAGAAAGAAAAACCACUGUGGAUGCAGUGUCUUUCCGGUAUAUCAGACUUAAUGACACACGCAAUAAGUCGUCUUUAUGUGGACAAAAUGUUUGAUCCCAAAGCCAAGAAAACUAUGGACGAAUUAGUGGGUGUGCUUAACAGUACUUAUGGAGAGAUGAUUGAAAACAAUACAUGGAUGGAUAACUCUACACGUAAGGAAGCAAGGGAGAAGCUUCAAAAAAUGGUAGCGAAAAUCGGUUACCCUCCUUGGAUUCUGAACGACACGUACCUUAAUGGCCUUUACGAAUACGCGCCUGCAAUAUUUUUGAACUAUUCAUAUCUGAUUGUUCGGCACGGCCUGAAUUUAAAUAUCUACAUUCAAGAACUUCUGACUUUACGAAAACGAUAUAAGAAAGAAGAUGAGUGGUUCACAGGUGCGACAGAGACAAAUGCGUUUUACGGUCGUUUGACUAACGACAUCCUCUUCCCUGCUGCAAUACUUCAGCCGCCAUAUUUUCAAGACGGUGUGCCUUCAUCAAUCAACAUGGGAGCUAUUGGGAUGUUUAUAGGUCAUGAAAUUACACAUGGGUUUGAUAAUGGUGGAAGUCAAUUUGAUGGUGAUGGAGAGCUGCGAAACUGGUGGACCGAGAGCUCAGCGGAAGAAUUUGUAAAGAGAGCUCAAUGCUUUAUAGACCAGUACAGCAACGUUACCGUAAAGGAAGUGAACUUGACGCUAAACGGAAUAAAUACUCAGGGUGAAAAUAUUGCCGACAAUUCUGGCCUAAGAGCGGCGUAUCUGGCGUUCAGAAAGUUCAAUGACACUGACGAGGUGCUUCCUGGGUUAAACUUAACAGGAGACCAGCUGUUUUUCCUUUCAAAUGCUAUGGUCCGGUGCGAAAAUAUUAGUGCAGAAAGGCUGCGAUAUGAUAUACAAUAUGACCCCCACAGCCCUGCCAAGUAUCGGGUGAACCUUCCAAUGGGAACUUCUCCAGAUUUCUUACGUGUGUUCUCCUGCAGUCCUAACUCGUCUAUGACUAUUACAAACAAGUGCACAAUGUGGUGACCAAAAGCAGGCAACAACUCAAUUUAAAAAUCGAUUUGAAUAAAAUUCCACAUUUUUAACUUUGGA